CUCCCUCUGGUUCCCGACCCUCCUGGGCACCUACUCACCAGGAGGCCUCGAGGAGCCCAGGGCAGUGCCAGGAGGUGCCAUGGCUGCAGCACUGUCCCUGCAGGAGAGUGGCCCCCUGGAGUCAGAAGCCAUGGUGAUGGGCGUCCUGAACCAAGCCUUCGACGUGCUGGUGCUGCGCUACGGCGUGCAGAAGCGCAUCUACUGCAACGGUUCAGCCACCUCAGGCAGCCUUCAGUCUGUGCGUCCUACCACCCCCGAGAUGUCCCAGAGGCCACAGUCACCCCAUCUGUUCCUGUCCCCAGAACCUUCUCCUGGAGCCAAGUAUCUGCAGGGACAGACAGUUGAGGAGGAGAACCCGGCCUUCUGGAACCGCCAGGCAGCUGAGGCCCUGGAUGCCGCCAAGAAGCUGCAGCCCAUCCAGAAGGUCGCCAAGAACCUCAUCCUCUUCCUGGGCGAUGGGAUGGGGGUGCCCACGGUGACAGCCACCAGGAUCCUAAAGGGGCAGAAGAAUGGCAAACUGGGGCCUGAGACGCCCCUGGCCAUGGACCGCUUCCCAUACCUGGCUCUGUCCAAGACAUACAAUGUGGACAGACAGGUGCCAGACAGUGCAGGCACAGCCACGGCCUACCUGUGCGGGGUCAAGGCCAACUUCCAGACCAUCGGCUUGAGUGCAGCCGCCCGCUCUAACCAGUGCAACACGACACGCGGCAACGAGGUCAUCUCUGUGAUGAAUCGGGCCAAGCAAGCAGGAAAGUCAGUGGGAGUGGUGACCACCACACGGGUGCAGCACGCCUCGCCAGCCGGCACCUACGCCCACACGGUGAACCGCAACUGGUACUCAGAUGCUGACAUGCCUGCCUCGGCCCGCCAGGAGGGGUGCCAGGACAUCGCCACACAGCUCAUCUCCAACAUGGACAUUGAUGUGAUCCUUGGCGGAGGCCGCAAGUACAUGUUUCCCAUGGGGACCCCAGACCCUGAGUACCCAAGUGAUGCCAGCCAGAAUGGAAUCAGGCUGGAUGGGAAGAACCUGGUGCAGGAAUGGCUGGCAAAGCACCAGGGUGCCCGGUAUGUGUGGAACCACACUGAGCUCAUGCAGGCGUCCCUGGACCAGUCUGUGACCCAUCUCAUGGGCCUCUUUGAGCCCGGAGACAUGAAAUAUGAGAUCCACCGAGACCCCACACUGGACCCCUCCCUGAUGGAGAUGACAGAGGCUGCCCUGCGCCUGCUGAGCAGGAACCCUCGCGGUUUCUACCUCUUUGUGGAGGGCGGUCGCAUCGACCAUGGUCAUCACGAGGGUGUGGCUUACUAUGCGCUCACUGAGGCGGUCAUGUUCGACGACGCCAUUGAGAGGGCGGGCCAGCUCACCAGCGAGGAGGACACGCUGACCCUCGUCACCGCUGACCACUCCCAUGUCUUCUCCUUUGGUGGCUACACCUUGCGAGGGAGCUCCAUCUUUGGGUUGGCCCCCAGCAAGGCUCAGGACAGCAAAGACUACACGUCCAUCCUGUACGGCAAUGGCCCGGGCUACGUGCUCAACUCAGGCGUGCGACCAGACGUGAAUGAGAGCGAGAGCGGGAGCCCCGAUUACCAGCAGCAGGCGGCGGUGCCCUUGUCGUCCGAGACCCACGGAGGCGAAGACGUGGCGGUGUUUGCGCGCGGCCCGCAGGCGCACCUGGUGCAUGGUGUGCAGGAGCAGAGCUUCGUAGCGCAUGUCAUGGCCUUCGCUGCCUGUCUGGAGCCCUACACGGCCUGCGACCUGGCGCCCCCAGCCGGCACCACCGAUGCCACGCCUCCCGCCUGCACCACAGACGCCGCGCCCCCGGUUCUCGCGUCGCUGCCUCUGCUGGCCGGGACCCUGCUGCUGCUGGGGGCGUCCGCUGCUCCCUGAGCUCCCCACUCCAGAGUUAUCAUGCUCCCCACCUCCAGGCGUCCUGCCCUGUUCCCCGUCCUGAGCUGCCACGUCCAGCGAACACAUACAGGAUAUUCCACACCGCUGCACCUGACCAAGGGACCAAUGAGGCAGAGGCUUGCCCCAAGUCACAGCCACUCAGAUGCUUCCUGCCCCCCAGUGCCCAUUCCAGGUCAGGAGAUCCAAGGAGCGCCUGAGGAGCUCUGGGUACAGGGCAGCAGCCCAGAGCCCAUGGACCCUCCCGGGACAUCUGGAUGCUGGGCAUAGAUUUCUCAACAAGGAAGACUCCCCUGCCUCCUCAAGGUCUCCAUUCUCCUAGGAGACAAAGCAAUAAUAAAAGGAAGUGUUUGACAAUG